AUGGGAAAUCUACCGACAUCGAGAAUCGUACCAUCGCCUCCGUUCGCAGUGACUGGAGUGGAUUAUGCCGGUCCAUUUCUGGUGAAACAAGGUUCACAUCGUCCGAAGCUCGUGAAAGCGUAUGUAGCAGUCUACGUAUGCAUGGCGCCGAAGGCUGUGCAUUUGGAGGUCGUAUCCAAUCUGUCGUCGGAUGCCUUCCUAGCGUCGUUGAAGAGAUUCAUCAGUCGAAGAGGAAUGGUCCAACAAAUUCAUUCGGACAAUGCAACUAAUUUCCACGGAGCAAACCACGAACUACACGAGUUGUAUCGGCAAUUCCAAGAUCAACAAACUGCGAAGAAGAUCCAACAGUUCUGCCAAGCACGUGAGAUACAGUGGCAUUUCAUCCCGCCGGACGCACCAGAGUUCGGUGGUCUCUGGGAAGCGGCGGUUAAGGCGACGAAAACCCACCUGAAGAGAGUCGUACGCAACGUGAAGCUGACAUUCGAAGAAAUGGCGACCAUCUUGACGGAGAUAGAGGCCAUCCUAAACUCGCGUCCGUUGUACAGCGUGUCCAGCGAUCCUGCAGAUCCACAGGUAAUUACGCCAGCUCACUAUCUUAUAGGUCGUCCGCUGAUCGCUCCAGCCGAGCCAUCCCUGGAAGAUAUCAACGUUAACCGACUCGAUCGAUGGCAACAUCUUCAACUGAUGCGUGAGCAUUUUUGGCGAGCGUGGUCCAGGGAUUACCUCAAUUCUCUCCAACCACGCAAGAAGAAUCUACGAACGACACCAAACCUUCGACCUAGAAUGGUGGUCGUACUCCACGACAAGACUCAACCCCCGCUCAGUUGGAAGCUGGGUCGAAUCACAUCAGUGUAUCCAGGUGAUGACGGUUUAGUACGGGCCAUCGAUGUGUUCACCAACGGAUCAACGUACCGUCGUCCUAUCAACAAGGUCUCCGUACUUCCAAUCGAGGACAACGUUUGCCCCUCAUCGGUACCUGAAGCUGUUGAUACGAUGUCUCAACCGGGGGGAGAAUGUUCCGUCCGUUCCCAGAAGGACUGA